CCUCAUUCGACCGACCGACCACUUGCCAAGCUCACUGACUAGCUACAUGCUACACUCGAUCAUCAGGAGACCAUACUUCAUUUCAUACACGUACUUGCCUCUGGAUACCCGUGAACCCGCCUAUAGUCCGUGUCAUGGUGGUUUAUAUGUAGCCGUGCGGAACCAUCCAAUUCGUCAGUCCAAGUCAUGUCCAUGAUGUGGGGCGUGUAGCUGACUAGCACUGCCCAUUGUGCCCUAUCAAGUCUGAUUGUCAUCACCCCCGCUAGUCAGGCUGGCGUUCCGUCGGUCAGCAUGUUGGCUCAGCUAGGCGCAGUGGCACGCGCGGCGAGCCUACGGGCCAGCGCGCGCUCAGCUGUGCUCAGCCGACCGUCUUCCCUGUCAACGCGUGCGCUUGGCUUACCGGAGCUUGAUCAUGGGCGUACCUGGCGUGAAUUGGGUCGGAUCCGGGCCUUUGCCAGCCUGUCAGGCUCCCGACCCACACCGUCGGAUCGAAGAAAUAGAUUUCAACAGCCUCGACUCUUAUUAUCGCCUGAUUGGUUGGCCUCACCCACGGCCCAAGUCCGUCACCUCGGAAUCGUCCCCACGCUCAUCCGAGGCGUACUCAAGAUUCGUUAUCUACUUUUGGGCGGGGCAUUGGGCGGGGGCUACUCAUUGGCCAAGCAAUAUGAGGAGUGGAAGAGUAAUCUGCCGGACAUGGACUGGAUCAAGGGCCUCAUUCCCGCCAUCGAGAGCGAUAAAGUGAGGAAAGGACUUCGAUCAACGGCGGAGAGUAUCCGAGCCAAGGCCAAUGAAAUUGAUAUAGAUCCGGCGUUGCAGAAUACCUUGGGCAAGUUUGAGUCUUUUCGUGAAUGGUUUGAAAAGCGUCUAGACAACGCUAUUCAAGUUGUUGAAAAAGAGAAACAACAGGAGAAGAAUGAGAAAGGAUCCAAUGGCAAUGCUAUUGGUUUAGGUUAUGCCGCGGGUGGAGCCAUCAGCGCGUUCUCCUUGACCAGCAUUGGAGGGAGUGGAUCGGGGAGUGGAAGUGGAUCCUCCAAAGAUCUGGAGGACAAGCUUAAAGAUGAAAAGGGCCGCACCAAGACUGAACGGGAGAAGAAUGAAAUGCUGCAACGGAAAUUGGAGAGUACCCAAGAGGAAUUGAUGAAGACCCAGAUCCGUUACCAGAAGGAGAUUGAAAAGCUCGAGAAAAUCAAUCGGGAGCUCAAAAACCAAGAGGAAUUGAUGAAGACCCAGAUCCGUUACCAGAAGGAGAUUGAAAAGCUCGAGAAAAUCAAUCGGGAGCUCAAAAAGCAACUCCUUUUGAGAGGCAAGGACGUCCAUGCCCGCAAAAAAAUCAAAAAAUCCCUGAUUGACAUGUAUUCCGAGGUUCUUGAUGAGCUGAGCGGCUACGAUACCUCAUACAAUACUGCAGACCAUCUUCCACGGGUGGUCGUAGUCGGUGAUCAGUCCUCCGGAAAGACGUCUGUCCUAGAAAUGGUGGCUCAAGCUCGGAUCUUUCCCCGAGGUGCAGGUGAAAUGAUGACCCGAUCACCAGUGAAAGUCACGCUUAGCGAGGGUCCCUAUCACAUUGCGCAAUUCAAAGAUUCCUCCAGAGAGUUUGACCUAAGUAAAGAAUCCGAUUUGGCAGACCUCCGCCAUGAGGUUGAGAUCCGGAUGUUGAACUCGGUUAGAAAUGGUUUGACCGUGUCAAAAGAUGUGAUAUCGAUGACGGUGAAAGGCCCUGGCCUCCAACGAAUGGUGCUUGUGGAUUUGCCGGGAAUCAUCAGCACCGUAACUGAGGGCAUGAAUCCGGAGACACGCGAGAACAUCCGGUCCUUGGCCCAAGGCUACAUGUCCAACCCCAACGCCAUCAUACUGUGCAUUCAGGACGGAUCCGUGGAUGCCGAACGGAGCAACGUCACCGAUCUAGUCGCCAGCAUGGACCCCAGUGGGAAGCGAACCAUCUUUGUCUUGACGAAAGUGGACUUGGCCGAAAAGAACUUGACGAAUCCGGAUCGGAUCCGGAAGAUCCUGGCCGGCAAACUUUUUCCCAUGAAAGCUCUGGGCUAUUUCGCCGUUGUCACGGGUCGAGGCAAUCAAGACGAUAGCAUCCAAGAUAUUCGAGACCACGAAGAGGGCUUCUUUGCCCAAUCCAAGAUAUUUAAAGGCGGUGUGGUGAAUUCGUCCCAGAUCACUACCCGUAAUUUGAGUUUUGCCGUGUCGGAGUGCUUCUGGAAAAUGGUUCGUGACACCGUAGAACAACAGGCCGAUGCCUUCAAAGCGACCAGAUUUAAUCUGGAGACAGAGUGGAAGAACAAUUUUCCCAGAACUAGAGAGCUGGAUCGAGAUGAGUUGUACGAAAAAACCCGCGGUGAGAUCCUGGAUGAGGUGAUCAAUUUGUCGUUGAUCACGCCGCAGACUUGGGAAGAAGCCAUUAGCAAGAAACUCUGGGAAAGGGUCGCACCUUACGUUUUUGAGAACAUCUACCUUCCUGCGGCUCAAGGCCGAAGUGGAGAAGUGAACCGGCCCAUUUCCACACAUAAUAAGACAGGCACCUUCAAUACAACUGUGGACAUCAAGUUAAAACAAUGGGCCGAGGCCCAAUUGGGUCGGAAAUGCGUGGAAGUUGGCUGGGAGACCCUCCAGGAGCAAUUCUACCAGCUCAUGAAUAAGGCCAAAAAGAACAAGGAUCAUGACGACAUCUUUGACAAGCUUAAAGAACAUGUGGUGCGUGAGGCCAUGAAUCAACACUCAUGGGAAGAUAGAGCGGCCGAAAUGCUCAGAGUAAUCCAAUUGAACACAUUGGAAGAUCGAAAUGUGUCGGACAAAACGCAAUGGGACAACGCCUUGCGGUUCUUGGAAGAGUCUCUUCAGGAAAAGAUCCACGUGAAUGAAGCUAAUCUGAAGGAGAAGGUCGGUCCAUCGUUCUACGAGAGAUGGUUCCAGUGGCAAAAUAUGACCGAGGAUCAACGAAUUCGAUCCGCCACCCGAUCCGAGCUCGAGCGAAUCCUUCAAUCCAAUCCCGAACACAAGUCCCAAUUAGGCUUCGAGGAAAUCACCACUAUCAAGCGCAAUCUGCAGAUGGCCCAAGUGGAGGUCGAUAACGAUGUGAUUCGAGAAACGUGGCAUCCAGUGUAUCGAAGACAUUUUCUCAACAAAGCUUUGUCGCGUUGUUACGAUUGCCGACGAGGAUUCUACAUCUACAAGCAAGGCUUGGAGACCGAAUUGGACUGCAACGAUAUUGUGCUCUUCUGGCGGAUUCAGCAAAUGUUAAAAGUUACAGCUAACGCAUUAAGGCAACAGGUAAUGAACCGAGAGGCCCGGAGGUUGGAAAAGGAGAUCAAGAACGUGCUCGAGGAUUUCUCGCAAGAUCCUGAAGUGAAAGAGAAAUUCCUCACUGGACGCCGGGUCUCUUUGGCCGAGGAAUUGAAGCGUGUGCGGCAGAUCCAGGAGAAACUGGAGGAGUUCAUCAAGGCCUUGAACACCGAGCGCGAGUGAAGGCGGUGAUUUAUAAUUUCAAGCCUUCUGAGACAUGUUCUUCACUCUGUUGUUUUCUUGGAAAUACAUGAGCUCGCAAUGAU